ACCAAAGUGAAUCUGUCGUCUCUGUAGUUGGACAGAACAACCUACAAUUGCCACCUCCACCAUGAAGCUGCUGGCAUUCCUUAUGCUCACUGCCCUCCCUCUCUACUGCUAUGCAGGUAGUGGAUGCAAUCAUUUGGAAGAGUUAGUUACCAAGGCACUGGAUUCUUCUGUGACCCCUGAAGAAUAUUUAACGUAUUUUCAAGAAUACAGAUUGCAUGAGGACACUCUGAAUGCUAUAGUGGACAUGAAGCAAUGUUUUAAUCGUCAGACUGAGGAUGUCCUGGAGAGCAAUAGAAUAGUAAUGGAAACAAUAUAUAAUUCUGCAUCGUGUUCUGCUUUUUAACUUUCCACAAGACCUUCGACUCAAAGGACAGCACAAAUGCCCCAGAACCAAAGUCUUCUUGGGAAACAGCACCACUUUCAUUCUUUCUUUGAAUUUAACCUAAAUUGAGUUUUGCUCUGCAAGAAAAUUGUUGAAAUCUCAAAUACAUUUUCACUUCAAUAAACUAUUUACAGAUCUAAA